AUGUUAUGGGCAGUACUCAAGCAAUCGCCUGCAAGCGCUGUAAAGGAGCGUAUUGAUGCAUUUCGUUCUCUAAACUUUGAGAAGAAAGUUGUACUGAAGAAACAACCUGAUUCGUUGAUCGGUGGCGAGAUGAUGAAACAUCAAUUGGAAGGCCUAAACUGGCUACUGUUCAACUUCCAUCAACAAAAGAAUGUUAUUCUGGCUGAUGAGAUGGGUCUUGGCAAGACAAUUCAAAUCGUCGCCUUGAUCGCGUCACUUGUGAAGGAUAAACCAAAGUGCUCCCCUUUUCUCGUUGUUACACCAAACUCGACUUGUCCCAAUUGGCGUCGAGAAAUCAAAAAAUGGGCACCUGGCCUUCGGGUCGUUGCAUACUAUGGUGCAAGGUCUGCUCGCGAAAUGGCCAUGAAGUAUGAAAUGUAUCCCAAUGAGUGCUCUAAUCUCCGUGCUGAUAUCGUGGUAACUUCAUACGAGGCACCAGUCGACGACUCCAGCAAAGGCUUCUUCAAAAAAGUCAAAUGGGCUGGCAUGAUCGUAGACGAGGGCCAACGACUGAAGAAUGAUGAAAAUCUUCUCUAUGGUGCUUUGAAAGCCUUGAAAAUACCAUUCCAAGUUCUUCUUUCUGGCACACCAUUGCAGAAUAACAAGCGAGAACUUUUUAACCUUCUACAGUUCUUAGAUAACUCUAUUGACGCCGCGGAGUUGGACGAAAAAUAUGCUGAGCUAACAAAAGACAAUCUUCCCGAACUUCAUGAGCUCAUUCGACCAUUUUUUCUCAGGCGUACCAAGUUACAAGUGUUGAAGUUCCUGCCUCCCAUGUCACAGACAAUCAUACCAGUCUCUAUGAGCUCUCUACAGAAACAGCUUUACAAGUCAAUCUUAGCAAAGAAUCCAGAGUUGAUCAAAUCAAUCAUCGGAAAAUCAGAAAGGGCCCUCCGUCCCACAGAAAGAGGAAAUUUGAACAACAUUUUGAUGCAACUGCUCAAUUUUUUAAAGCAACUUGAUCUCGUUGAAGACUUUUUGAAUGGUCUCCAACUCCCUUUCAAGCGUCUAGACGGUACCGUCAGUACGCUUGAGAAGCAAAAGCGCAUCGAUGCAUUCAAUGCGCCCAACUCAGAACUUUUUGCGUUUCUCCUUUCUACCAGAGCUGGUGGUGUCGGAAUUAAUUUGGCGACUGCAGAUACCGUUAUAAUCAUGGAUCCCGACUUCAAUCCUCACCAGGAUAUUCAAGCUCUCUCUCGAGCUCAUCGCAUCGGCCAAAAGAAAAAGGUACUUGUCUUCCAACUAGUGACUAAAGAUAGUGCAGAAGAGCAAAUCGUACAAGUUUGUCGUAAAAAGAUGGCUCUCGAUCAAGCUCUUAUCGAAAGUAUAGAUGUGAAGGACGAUGCAGGAGACAAUCUUGAGGCAAUUCUUAGACACGGCGCUGAAGCGGUUCUUCUUGACGACAAUAGCAAAGAUAUUUACUACGAUCCAGCAUCAGUUGACGAACUCCUCGAUCGAUCUCAGGUCGAGAAUACUACUAAUGAUGAUGGCACCGCAGAAUCUCAAUUCUCACAUGCUCGUGUGUGGAUCAAAGACAAGGGUGGAUUGGUAGAAGAUUUCGGAGACACAGAAGACGAACCGGCUGCUCCAAAGGCGCUAUUAUUGGAUGCUAUAUUAAAACAGCGUGCGGCAGAUGCAGCCCUUGAAGCUGCCAAGAACAGCAAACGUUUGGCCGUGGAAAGCCGCGCCCGACAGGUGAGUCACGUGCCAGUCAUUUUAGACAGUUUAACGAGUCAUUUACUAACUGCUUAG